AUGGCUGUUGAUAAAUCCAGGGAAAAGGGUGACACAAUGCAAGCCAGCUCUGAUCAUAUCGACGAUUUACAAGCCUUUCAAGAGCAAGAUAUUUCCCUUGAUAAAGAUGUCACUGAUGUCAACUUCAGCAUGGCCGAAGAGGAAUUCAUUGCUCACGAGAAAAGUUUGGUGAGGAAACUCGACUACACACUCGUCCCUAUGGUUUGGCUCUUGUAUCUUUUCAACUAUCUUGAUCGAAACAACAUUGCUCAAGCCCGAUUGAGCUCAUUUGAGAAGGAUCUCAAUCUGACUGGAAAUCAAUUCAACGUUGCUGUUUCCAUCCUGAACAUAGGCUAUAUGUUGAUGCAGCUUCCCAGUAACAUGCUCAUAACUCGAACACGACCCGGCAUAUACAUCCCUGCUUGUACAUCAUUGUGGUCUAUCGUCUCAGCUGCCACGGCUGGAGCUGGCAAUUACACCCACCUUCUUGUUAUACGAUUCUUUCUUGGCAUCACGGAAGCCCCGUUCUUCCCCGGAGCCAUGUAUCUUCUAUCAUGCUGGUAUCCACGCAAAGAGCUAGCAUUGCGCACUGCCGUCUUAUACUCUGGCGUCCUCCUUGCCACGGCAUUCUCUGGACUUAUUGCUGCUGGCGUGCUCUCGAGCCUCGAGGGCGCAAGGGGCAUCGCUGGUUGGCAGUGGCUGUUCAUCAUCGAAGGAGCUGGAAGUUUCACCGCAGCGCUUCUAGGUUUCGCGCUGCUUCCUGACUUCCCCGGACAGAGGUCGGGUGUUGCCAAGUGGUUGCUCACAGAUGCUGAGCAAAGAGUCGCGGUUGAGCGUAUUCGAAGAGAUCGGGUUUCUUUGCCAGAGGCAGACUCGAGUGUCUGGAACGGGCUGAAACUUGCCAUCAAAGACCCCCGUACUUGGGUAUUCGUGAGUCACGCUGAAAUUUGCAGAGAAAAUAUUACGCACAGAGAUGCCGAACGGUACACUGACACAGCGGUAAAACAGGUGGUAAUGCUGACCGCGAAUCAUUCAGCCUAUGGCUUCAACAAUUUCUUUCCCACGAUCGUCAAGGGCUUUAAGCUUGGUAGCAACACCUUGACCCUCAUUCUGACGGCGCCGCCGUACCUUCUUGCCACUGUCGUCGCAUUCACGACUGCCUGGUCUUCCGAUCGACGUAAAGAGCGCGGCUUCCACAUCUCCGUGCCACAGGGCGUUGCAUGCGUUGGGUUCAUCAUUUCGGUCUCCACGGUCAACAUAGUCGCUCGUUAUUUUGCUGCAUUCCUUUACAUCUGCGGAUGCUUUUCUUCCAAUGCCAUGGUCUUCUCGUGGGCUAGCUCCACACUGAACCAAACUCCAGAGAAGAGGGCGUGUGCAACAGCCAUCAUCAACCUGCUCAGCCAAUUAGGCAAUAUCUGGAGCCCCUACUUCUUUCCAUCGAAUGAUGGGCCUCGAUAUGUUAUGGCCAACUUGCUCAUGAUGGCAUCGUCGGCCUUGAGUAUUGUCACAUGCGUGAUCAUGAAAAUUAUGCUUACCAGGGCCAACAAAAGCCUCAAGAGAGAAGGUAGAGACACAACACUGUACACAUUGUAA